AUGAGUCUUACAAAGAAGAGAUAUUGUCCUGUUAUUGUUGAUCAUUUUUCAAGUUUUACAUGGACUUACUUUUUGCACUCCAAAGAUGAGACUGCAAGUAUUUUGCAGGACUUUGUGAAACAAGUUGAAAAGCAAUUUGAUCUGCCAGUAAAAGUCUUUAGGAGUAACAAUGGAAUGGAAUUUAGAAAUAAGGAGUUGGAUGACUUCUGUACACCACAAUCUUCCCGCCAAGACUAUGGAUUUGACAUUGUGAUUCCACAAUACAAAGUCACUUCCAUCAUCAGAGGAACUAAUGUUCAAAACAGUUGUCAAAACUCUGCCAGUGUUGCAUCAACAGUUGUUGAUCAAACCUCUGCCAUCUCAUCCAGUCAAACCACUACUAACAAAAGUCCAUCAUAUGUGGAUAAAAGUCAACCCAUUUUCACACCCAUUCCUCCAAUACCUCCACCUCCAUCUCCAACAGAUGUUGGCUCUUCAAAAUUGCCAAUAGAUGUUAGCUCACAUUAUUCACAUCUAUAG